AUCCUUUGAUUGUCGCAUACCCCACACUAGCAAGUGUACUCAACGACAGCACCUACAACAUCUUCAUCUCUCAGCAUAUACCAUCGACUGCAUACAACUAGACAAGGAGACUCUUCAUCAAACUCGACAUUCGAAACCCUUUAGCUAGGGCUAGAAACACAAGUCACUUUAAAAGGCAAAACAAACCACAGGCCACACGACCAGGUCACACGGUCACCCACCCCCAUCUCACUUCAGUUCACAAUGCUUCGCUCGCAAAUCAAGGUCGCAGCCCUUCGUCGCACACCUCACGCCUCAUCAUCCCGCCUCCCCUCAACAUGUGUGAGCUGUGCUAGGUCAUAUGCCAAGCCUACGACCCCGGCAGCGGCGCAGCCAGCACUUGCCGAGGCCCACGGCCGGGUCAUGGACCCAGCAAUCUUUGCCAGCAACCGCGAGUCGCGGUACGAAGAGCCUCACAAGUUCAACCCCCACCCGGAUAUGAAGAUCUCGCAUGGUCCCGGCCGCAGGCUGCCUUCCAUCCAGCUGCCAUCACCAUUGCCGAUGGACGUCGAGGUGCCCAUGUCGUCGCUCCAGGCCGAGCUCUACAAGCCGACCAGCACAGUCGACACGAUCGCCAUGCUUUCCAUCUGCUCCAGCCGCCCAGAAUUCGUUCCCCGCGCUUAUCAGAUCUUCACCCAGCUUCUCGACGACGUCAAGGCUGGCCUCGCACGCCUCCCCUCUUCCGAGGUCUUCGCCAACGUCAUCAAAGGUGUCGCCGCCCUCGCCGUGAAAGGGACAAAGGCUCAAUCCGAGCGUGAGGCUGCCCUCUGGCGCCAUCGCGCACUCCAGCUGGUUUGGGACUGGGAGACGACGCACAAGGGAACUCGCGGUAUCCCUAUGCUGGACCACGACGGUGUUCGUGUCUACCGCGGAUGGUUUGCCGGUCUCGUGAGCUCCAACUCGCCACUGGACUCGAUUGUUCCUUACAUCGAGAACCCCAACCUGGGUCUCACGCCGCUCCUUGCGAACCUGCAGACCUCCGACCUGGAGAAGGCGCUGAAGAAGCUCGCCGACUUUGCCAGGCGUGGCGCGCGUGCCGACCUUCUGGCGCAGAUCACCGAGCUGCAAGGCAUCGAGCGGGAGAAGCGCGAGUUCAUGGAGCGCGAGGUCGUGCCCGAAGUGUCGCCUGUCCUUGUCGUUCCCAAGCAGCCCAAGACUCGCAAGCUCUCUCAUCUCCCGGAAGUCAAGGAGGCUGACCGCAGCGAGCUCGGCCCCCAAGCUCGCUUCACCAUCACCAACCUCCGCGACACUCUCACGCACAUCAACUCGCCUUUGAGCACCUUCCAGCGACAGAUGGAUCUCGAACGCGCCUCGUACGCGGCCGCCGAGGCGGAGCUCGCCCACUCCGCCAAGGCCUUGGAAGAGGCUGGCCUCUCCGACGUCGUUGGCAAUUCUCGCCUUCAGCGCGACGAGCUGCAAGGCCACAUGCACCGCUGGCAUGUCCUGUUGACCGAGUACCUCGAGCAGGACAUCAAGGAGAUGCGCGAGCGGGUGGACAACAAAAACUUGACCAAGGCUGAACUGCUAGCCCCAAGGUACUCGUCCAACGCCAAGAUGAAGGACAGCGCCAUGCUCCUUUACUUGACCGUCCUCCCCCCCAAGAAGAUGGCCCUCAUCACCAUCCUCGAAGUCAUGCGCAUGAUCGGAUCCGGAGGCGUCACAGACGGCAUGAAGACUUUGCGAGGUGUCUUGUCUGUUGGCAAGGCAGUCGAAACAGAGCACCGCGCCGAGACUAUCCGCACCGUUGUUGGCACCGACUCUGCCCUGUGGCAACGCGCAGUCGACUCGCAGACGCAAAAGCCUUCGCGCAGGAACAUUGGAGAACUGUGGACCCAGAUUGGAAAGGAGCGAGAGCAGAGCGCCGCCGAGUCAACUCAGGACAUGAGCAACAAGAUCAACGCCGAUCUUCGCUCCGUCUGGACCCCGCCCUGGUCGCAGAUGCUUCAGAUGAGCCUUGGAAGCCACCUUGUUGAGGGCCUCAUCAAGAUCGCCAAGGUCCCGCGCACUGGUGUCGAUCCCUUGACUGGUGAGAAGGUCACCGAGGAGCAGCCAGCUUUCAACCACGAGUACGAGUACUUGCGCGGCAAGAAGCUCGGUGUCAUCCGCCUCAACCCAGUUGUCGCUUCGCGCUUGGCUGCCGACUCGGUUCGCCAGGUGAUUCACCCCAAGCACCUGCCCAUGCUUGUUCCCCCUCGCCCAUGGACCCAGUGGAACGACGGCGCGUACCUUGCCACCCCCGUCACGAUGAUGCGCUUCAAGGACUCUGUCGAGCAGAUGAACUACCUCAAGGCUGCUAGCCAAAACGACCACCUCACCCCGGUUUUCCACGGUCUUGAUGUCCUAUCGUCGACUCCUUGGCGCAUCAACCGUGGAGUCUUUGACGUUGUGCUCGAGGCGUGGAACUCGGGCGAGGCUAUCGGCGAUAUUCCUGCGACCCCCGACAAGACAACCUACGUGAUGCCCGAGAAGCCGGACCCGAGGGACACGGACCCGGCCAAGCGAUCGUCGUACGUGCACAACCUCAAGAUGGUCUUGGCCCAGCAGCGCAAGGACCACGCCGAGCGAUGCAAGUACAACUACAACCUCGAGAUUGCCCGCUCGUACCUCAACGACGUCUUCUACAUUCCCCACAACAUGGACUUCCGCGGUCGCGCCUACCCGAUCCCGCCUCACCUGUCGCCUGUCGGUGACGAUCUUUGCCGUGGCUUGUUGACGUUUGGCAUCAAGAAGCCCCUUGGCGCGCAAGGCCUCAAGUGGCUUCAGAUCCAUCUCGCCAACGUGACUGGCUUUGACAAGGCCAGCUUCGAGGACCGUGCCAAGUAUGCCCAGGAGCACGAGGCCGACAUCUUUGACUCGGCCGACAACCCGCUCACUGGCCGUCGUUGGUGGCUCAAGGCCGAGGACCCGUGGCAGUGCCUCGCGGUGUGCAAGGACCUGACCGCCGCCCUCCGCUCGCCCGACCCGACCAAGUACGAGUCGAGCCUCCCCGUGCACCAGGACGGCACCUGUAACGGCAUGCAGCACUACGCUGCCCUCGGUGGCGAUGUGCGCGGUGCCAAGGCUGUCAACCUCGAGAAGGGUGACCGCCCCGCCGACAUUUACACCGGUGUCGCCGACCUCGUCAAUGCUUCGAUUGAGGAGGACAAGAAGAACAAUGUCCCUGUGGCGCUGCUUAUCGACGGACCCCUCGGCCGAAAGGUUGUCAAGCAGACUGUCAUGACGACUGUGUACGGUGUCACGUUCAUCGGUGCCCGCGAUCAGAUCGCCAAGCAGCUCAUUGCCCGUGGCGGCCUUACCGGCGACGACGUCUACAUGGUCUCUUCGUAUGUCGCCCGCAAGGUUCUUGCCUCGAUCGGUGAUCUGUUCAGUGGUGCCCGUGCUAUCCAGGACUGGCUCACAAUGAGCGCUCGCCUCGUUGCCAAGUCGAUCCCUCCCGAGCGUCUGUCGAUUGCCACUGCCCCUGAGGACCCCAGCAAGAAGAAGAGGAAGUCGGACGCGGGCAAGGGACGUCUGUCCAAGGAGCUCAUGACGGCCGUGGUGUGGACCACGCCGUUGGGCCUCCCAGUUGUUCAGCCGUACCGCAAGGCUGCCAAGAAGCAGAUCAUGACUUCGCUCCAGACCGUCUUCAUCCACGACCCCAACGCCCCGUCCGAGGUUAGCCCUCAGAAGCAGGCCACUGCCUUCCCUCCCAACUUUGUCCACUCGCUCGACGCCACGCACAUGCUGCUCACUGCCGUGCAGUGCAACCAGUCCAACAUUCAGUUUGCGUCGGUGCAUGACUCGUACUGGACGCACGCGGCGACUGUCGAGCCCAUGUCUGAGGUCAUCCGCGACACGUUCAUCCACCUGCACACGCAAAACUUGAUCGGCGAGCUGCACGACGAGUUCCUCGAGCGCUACGGCGACAACUGCAUCCCGAUCAACAGGGAUAGUGCGUACUUUAAGAACAUUGCGGAGAAGCGCAAGGCGAGCGAGAAGAGGACCAAGGCUGUCGAGGCGUCUGAAGCAGCGGUUGGGGAGGUCGAUGACGCUACCGCCUCGCUCGCCGAUGCCGAUGCCGAUGCCGACGCCGACCAAGACCCUGACUCGGCGAUUGUGAACGAGAAGGUUGUCGAGGGAUCCGAGGGCAUUGACCUGUCCGAGGUUAACGAGGACAUGGAGGUCCUGACGCUCAACGGCCACAAGUUUGUGCGCUUCCGCGACAUUCUUCCCCGUCCUCCACCUCGUGGUGUGUUUGACGUUGAGAAGAUCCGUGACUCGGCAUACUUCUUCUCGUAGACGAGAGGCGAGCUCGGGCUCGGCCGAGCCACGACCACAUUUGUGGCACUACUACACCAUUCUAAAGUCCGCCGCGGCGCAUGCGGCGGUUGUACGAGUGCAUUUUUUGUCUGUAAGCAUUAGCAUAGUGUGGGUUAUGCAUUCCACCGUUCAUCUUGGA